AUUCUAUCUGUCGCAUUCGGUUCUACAAUUUUCUACUUCAAAUAACCUCUUAACUACUUUCGAGAAUCAAUCACCACCCUACUACUUCGUCCCACCUUCAACUCAUCCACAUCCAUCUACGUCCAUCAACCAUAAUGUCUUCCACUAUCGAUCCCACAAGCCAGGACAUUCGCAAGGCUGAAUCCAAGGUCUCUCAGGCGCACGGUGGCAACCCACCCAAGGAGUCCGACGUCUCCGCCUUGAAGUCCCAUCUCAGCCAGACCACCGACAAGAAGAAGGAUAUCGAGCAGACCAAGGCCAACCUUCCUCUGCCCGAACAACCCCCAGUCGCCAGUGACUGGUCGUCGGCCGACGCGCGAACCGUCAACGUUGGCUCCGGUCGCACCGAAGGCCCCGUUUCUGGAGAAGCCAACAGCGCCCUGAGGGAACCGGCGACUGCGGGAAGCAGCGUGCGCGAGUCGGGGAGCGAAUUGCACAAGAACACUGCGCCCACGUCCAAUGUUGGACGCCAGGGCAAGGAUAACCUCGAUGGUCUCCCUAAGGAUGCCCUUGCUCGGUAAUUUAAAUGAUGUAUCUUUAGUUUAUGGAUUUGAAAUGUAAUGUUAUGAGCGAUGAUGUAUUGAGGUUCUUGAUGUGCGUGUUGUAGCUUGAGUUACUAUCGUAGUUAUGGUUUGGAACCACUGCUAUAGAAACGCUUGAAAAUAGAGUGUGGGGAUAUGAUCUUGUUCAUAAUCUCAAUAUCGCUGCUAAGC